UUUCAGAGAGGGAAAAAACCCAGAUUAACGCACUCUGUUUUCGAUUUCACAUUUGAAAGGAUCAGUUUACUAUUUAACGGUAGAUUUAAAUCCACGUCUUUAAAAUGGUCAAAGAUUUUCUUAAAUAUUCAUAAUGGACAAGAAAUUAUGUGUUAAGUAUCUGGAAAUAAUUAUAAUUUCUAAUUAUGGAUGUGGCAGCAAUUAGAAGAUGGGUCGUCGUUGGAUUGAUUCUUGCAUCAAGAGUUUGUGGCGGUCCAGGAUCUCAUGGCUAGUUUUACUCUGUGUUUCUUUUCUCAACGUCACUCUCUUUCUACACACCUCACGUCUGACGUACACCAACUGUGACACAGAUCUUCUACGCAGAUUUGAUGAGGCGGACAUCAAAGACUUGAGCUAUAAACAGUUUAAAUUCACACGAGAUGACCUGAGGUUGACCUUCAGGGAGGUUCCAGCACUAGGGGAGGACACAGCAACACGUGACAACAUUGACCAGUACACGUGUACUCAACACGGACCGUUGCGGGUCAACGACACAGAAGAUUUGUUUUGUCAGAAACGUCCACAUUAUCUCCCCGAGUACCUGAACCCGUGUUAUAGAGAGGCGACCACUGACCAGCUGGACACUGGCCGUAUCCGCUGCUUGCCCUACUUCCACAUACUGGGUGUAGACAAGUCUGGAACUACAGACUUUUUCUCCAGGCUGGUGGCACACCCCCAGAUCCUCAAUAACGGUGGAGGCAUCGGCAAGGAGACUUACUAUUGGGCCUGGCUUAGAUAUGGAUUGUGGAUGAAAGAUAAUAAAGCAAAAUGGCGCCUGUGGAGAUACAUUCUUUUCUUUAAGAAAGCGAGCUCAAGGAUUGAACAAUCUCUGGUCAUUUUUAAACAGCAGCUCAUAACAGGAGACGGCACACCCAUGGACUUCUGGGACUUCCGUGGCUGGACGCUUGACCCCCAGAAUGCUGGUCUGACAGAACCCAGGGUCCUGACCCCCCACUUGAUGCGGCACUUGUACAAGAACCCCAAGUUUAUCCUUCUCUUCAGAGACCCGGUCGACAGAUUGUAUUCGGACUACAUCUUCCUUGGCUAUGGUUUUACAGCUGAAAAGUUUGCUAGAGACGUGCCUAAAGCUAUUGCUAUGCUCAGAGAUUGUCUACAGACUAAUACAACACGACAAUGUUUCUUUAGUGACCUGAUGUACCAUCGGCUACCUAUGCGAAUCCACACCAGCUGUUAUUCCGUGUUUCUAAGAGAGUGGUUGUCUGUGUUUCACCGAAAUCACUUCCUGGUGUUGCGAACAGAGGACUAUCACAGCAACAUGAAGGCCACGUUAGAGCAGACGUUUCGUUUUCUACAAGUAGCCCCACUAAGUGACCCUGACCUUGAUGACGUCCUGAGGCAGCAAAUGAAGCAUGAGACGUACCGCAAGAAAACAGCAGGCGACAUGUACCCAGAGACCCGUGCUCUGCUGGAAGAAUUUUUUGCUCCAUUCAACCAAGAUCUCGCUCGUCUGCUACAAGAUGACAAGUUCUUGUGGAAGGACCAAUCAAGAUCUCGCUCGUCUGCUACAAGAUGACAAGUUCUUGUGGAAGUUUUAGUCUAGUACAUCCUCUAUAGAGAUCUAAAAUAGUUUUAUGUUUUUAACUCCGGCCAAUGACAGACGCACACAUCAUUCUGACAUCUAGUAUGUUUUUAAAAAGUAAAUAAAAACCAAAUGAUAGCCAAUAUAAAUACUAUAGAACUACUGAGAUAUUUUGUCGGAGAUGAUUUGUCUGAGAUAAUUAGUGUGAGAUCAUUUGUCUAUGAUGUCAUAUGCCCUGAGAUCUUUAGUCCAUUAGAUCAUUUGUCCUCGAUAUAAUUUGUCCUGAGAUAUUUUGUCUUGAUACUUUUUUCCUGAAAUUUUUACGUCCGUGAGGUAUUUUGUCUGGAAUAUUUGUAUGAGAUCAU